CCACCCGGGGACUCCCCUCCCCAUUUUUUCCCCGAAUCCCCUCUCCCGCUGGAGUGAACUCCGCCUCGCCGAAUCACUCCGAAUGGCGAUGAAAAGCCAUCGGUGACAAAAUAAAAAAUGGACGAAAAUGGCAUGUGAGGUGUUGUUGAAUUCCGGUGAAAUGUUUGGUUAUCGCAGCGACCUAGGAUGGGAGGAUGCAUAGGUAUAACCCGGGCAAGAACAGCCUCUGUAGACGAUACAUCAGCCAAUUCAACGAGAACCCAUUCAGGAAAUUCACGGAAGAAUCAUCCACUGUGUCACGAUGUGAUCAGAUGGAAGUCGGACGUGCCCCUGACAGAGGGUCAAUUGCGAAGUAAACGUGACGAAUUUUGGGACACAGCACCUGCUUUCGAGGGAAGAAAAGAGAUAUGGGAUGCCCUGAGGGCAGGAGCAACUGCUGCCGAGGCGCAGGAUUAUCAGUUGGCACAGGCGAUACUAGACGGUGCUAAUAUUUCUGUACCUGAUGGAUUUUUAACGGAGUGCUAUGACGAGCUGGGGACGAGGUAUCAGGUUCCCAUCUACUGUCUUUCAUAUCCAAUUAAUAUUGUUAAGGAAGACAGUGGACGGGAUUCACCUGCUGACUGCUCGGAACCUGUUGAUGGUGGAACUGAAUUGACGCUCAAAUUGAGACUGUCGACGACCCUAGGGGACGUCAAACUACCUGUGUACAGUAAAGAUACUAUUGGAAUUGCGAAGAAGAAGCUACAGAGUCAAGAAGGACUGGAGCCAUCCCGACAGAGAUGGUUCUUCGGUGGAAAGCUCCUCGGUGAUAAAAUGCACAUCGAAGAAGCCAAAGUCCAGCCAGGUUACGUCGUCCAGGUAAUCGUAAACUCGGAAAAAACCGAUGAAAGUCCUUCGAAGACCAGCUGAAUAGAUCCACACGGAUUUCAAAAGAAAAACAAAAACACCUUUCAUAUCCUCUGAAUAAUCAACGACAGUCGAAAGUUCGCACUUUGACGUUUUUUCAUACCUUCACACGAGUUUCUUUUCACUGAGGUGUGAAGCUGACGGACGUGCGUGGAUAUUUCACAAUGCACUAGAAUUGUACAGUAAGACUUGACUGACGGUUUAAGCUUAUUCUCUAAACACUAAAGGUUAAUAAAAUUAUUGAAGCUUUUGUACUGUGAAAAAAUAAUUAGAUGAUUUUUAAGCAGAAAAUGCCUAGAAGUCGGUCACUAUCGGUGAGAAGUGAUGCCUAAUGCAAGUGGAUACAUAGAAAUCGUAUAUGUAUACAUAAAUAUUUUUAACUGCUUGAAAUGGGGCUAAUUUUGAAGAACAUCUUCGCCGACAAAUAACUCGUUUGGGAGCUGCAGAUUCGGCGCCGAUAGCUGAAAUCAACAGCUCUCAUUAACGACUCAAUGAUUAAUGAAUUCAUAUUCAUUAAUCUCGUACCGCGCAUGAAUAAAUUGAUGGAAAAUUCUGGAGCUUCUGUUAUACCAUCUUAUCGGGAAUUAAAAUUUUUUUUAUAAGAAUGUCUCAAAGUCAAAAUACUUUCAUGUUUUUCUAUAAUUGUUUCUAUUGGAAUCUUUCUUCUCACCGUUUUUUUUUUGUUCGGUUUUAAUCUUGAGUGAAUAAAAUACAAUAUUUGAAGCAAAAAUUUCUAUAAGAAAUAUGUGAAUAAACAAAUCGAAAUAUCGGCUAAAAGCCAAGAAAAGUUUGUUAAUUUAAAUUGAGACAAGUCGAAUUUUUCAGUUAAAUAUUGAUUUAUCUAAGAUACUAUUAAUUUUAGGAGGAAAGAACUUAAUACCUCUUCUAUCGAAAAUUUAAUCAGUCGAAAUAAAGUUUUUUUCAAAUUUGUACCGUAAAUCGAUAAUUAAGAAGACUGUUAAAUUUGACUUAGUCCAUUUUAUUAUUUUCCUAUUGAAUUAUCCAAAGAAUUCUAAAAAUUCUAUACAAUAUCCUAGCAAAUAUAUUAAGUUUUAUUCCAUACAAGCUCUAAAAUUUUCUAUAAAAUUAUUUAAUCCGCAAAACCAGAAGUAAAAAUACAAAACUGAACUAUCUAAACUCUUCUCCUCUCCAUCAUUUCAUUCAGUUCAUAAUUAUUCCAAACGAUACUGAAAAAAAAUUUAUAAUUCCGUAAUUAAUGGAAUUAAUAAAUUAAUUAAUAAUGUUCGUUGGAAAUUACUAAACAAGGAAUUGUUUUGUUCGAAUUUCAAA